GGCUCAGGGUAUUUAAGUCUCCUUGAACUAGGCUUUGUGAAAAGUCCUUUCUCAGGACAGCCUUUGUGAAGCUUUCUCAGUUAGACCUUUCAGCACCCUCAUUUAGUAGCUAAGAAUAGUUUGAAAUACCAUUUUGGAAGUGGGAUAAAUCUUUACCCAUCUCCCAUCUACCUCCUAUUGAGUAAGCAUGGCAAACUCAUAAGAAUGGUGGUGCUUGAAGACCUAUUACCAAGAGGUCCUCAACGCAUUGCUUAUUUGGGAACAUAUUAUUUACUUAUAUUUUUACCUAAUUUCGUUGGUUGAUUUUAAUGGGGGAAAAGAAAGCAGGAAGGAGUGAAGGAAUGCUACAGGGUGACAAUUUUAAAGGCUAUCAUAUUUCAGAUCGGCUGGGAAGGAAAAGUUGGCCUGACCAAACUAGAUUUUAUAACUGGCCUGGGACAUUUUAAUAGCCAGGUGGUUGUAGAGUAGUUGCAUCUAUUUACAGAUGAUAACUCAGGUUCCAGCUAUUCUGUAUGGGUUUAUCCGGUGUCAUUUGCAGACACUUUCUGGCACUACCUCAUACCUCAUUUUAAGAUACUUCUUUCUUUGGAAAAGUCUGUGGCUCCGUAAAAUUGAAAGUGCUUUUUCUUACUUCAUAGACAAGAUACGAAGUAAACCUCUGACCAUACUUAUAUAGAGAGUAACUUUUACGUGAGAAAUUGCGGCUCUGUUUACCUAUUUAAAAGAUUUUCGAAGGGAAUUUUAAAGUUCACAUUCAAUACUCUUUUGGACUUGGAAAUUGAAAUCUCAUUUCCGGUUUAUGAAAUAGGAUUUAUAGACUAAUGAACCCUCCCCAAGCAUUUUGUGUGGUUGCUUUUUCUGAAGUUUUGUAAAGAACGAAUCAGUCUCUUUCUAGAAUGCCUUAAGAACAGUCUAUUCAGAAAGCAGAGGGAUGGAUGCUAUGACCUUGAGGUCCCAUUGAGUGCCAGAAUUCUAAGUGGGUACAUCUGCUUCUGUGCCUCUCCUAAGAGCCCUCUCCCAGGGCCCGCGCCUUCUUUAAAAGGGUGUCUUUGUAAUUAAGCAGCCUCUCUCCCCCAUCCCCCUUUCUUCCUUUGAUCCAGCUUUUUAAGGCCUUUUUUCCAUUUGGAGACAAGAGGAGUUUCUCACACUCUCCUACUCCCCUCUUAAGAUUUCUUUUCUUCCCCCCUCCAAAAAAAAGUGCCCCGAAGUUCUCAGGAUGGUUAGAAAUUGUUUUGUUCUAUUGGGGUGGGGGUGUUACCAAUGAAGAGGUGUUGAGGAUAUAUUCCCUCUUGAGAAAUGUUUGUGACCAGGUAGCCUCCUCCAUGGAGACUGAGCAUUUGGAAUGCAUGAGAACAGUCUAUUCUUAGGGACUGUCUGGAAGAAAUUGUCCUUUGCACCCAUUAAGCCCAGCUUAAACCCACUGAAAGGAGUGGAGAGAGGUGUGUGUGGUCGUGGCUGAGCCUUUUAGGAUGGUAAAUGGGUAAAUGUUCCCAAAUCUCCUAUUACAUCACCUCUUUCCCCCAUGGAUUCAGUGGGUUUGGAGAUCUGCUUGACAAGUUAAUUAGCUUGGGACUAAACCAAUUUGUUUUGAAUUGUUCUCCAUUGAUUUCCUGUCCCCAGGAAUUUUUGUUGGUGGUUUACUAUGACGUGUUGUCUUUAGUCUUGCUUACUUCUUCGUUCCUUGCUGCCUUUUGUGGACUUUGGUCAAAAAUUUAGGGUCCCACCCCCAAGUCAAAGGUUAGAAUUUGGUCCCAGGAACUAAAGGGGCAUUAAAUAAGCUGCCCAUACCGCAUUACUCUCCUCCAUGGUGGGCUUCUGACCCCUUUUAACACAGAGAAAGAAGGGAAGUCUCCCCUUCCACACACAACACACAAAAUCUGAACUAGAAACAAAAAGAAAAAAGGAAAAUAGGAGGUCAUUUGCUUUAUAAAAGAAUCCACUAUAGUUUUCUUUGAAAGAACUAGCUUUCCUAGUUAGUGCCUUUGAACUAUGGUAUGACUUGGUAUGUAAAAAUUCUGGGACUGCUCAGAAACAUAUUUAUUGCAUAAAGGAAGGCAUUAGAAUUUUGUUGUAAUGAUUAUUGCCUGAAUUGAGUGAGACCAUUAUUUGGCCUCUGAAAUCUUUUUGUUACAUGGCAUGGAGUUAAUUGUCUAAAUCAUUCUGGCUUGUAAUAAUGCUGGCCACAUUUAGUCCCAGCCUACAUCCCCUUUUAGAAGAGAGCUAGUAUGACUUUCUGGAACUAUAUCAGACUUUUUGGAUUUUGAUAAAUCUAAGGGUGGGACUCUAUCCCAGAGAAGUAAAGGAUGUAAAUUCCAGUUAUCAUACUUGAAUAACCCAAGGAUCCAGAACAAUUUUUCAGAUAUUCUGUUCAUGUAUCUAGCAAGGCUGUUGAAAAUAACAGCAACUCAUGCAUUUUAAAUCAAAGAAUCCACAGCAAACUUUCCUAGUGAGUCUACUGGUGAGAGGGACAUGGCUCUGGGCCCAACUCUAACUCAGUUUACCAGCCUUUGCAAGUUUCCUCCUCUGUAAAUUGUGUGGGAUUGGACAGGGUGAUUUCGAGAACCAGUUUUCAAAAGUUUAUGGUUCUCUUCUUAGGUCUCAGUUUCUGGUGUGAAAGUGAAUGAUUCCUACUGGAAUGAGGUGCAACAGUUGUUAGAAAUACAAUCAUGCACUCACCUGGAUGUAAAAAAAAACAAAACCCAAACAAACCCAGUAAGGAUAUAUCAAUAUAUCAAUCUAAGUGCAUUGUGUUUUCUAUUUUAACAACAUAUCAAAUUAAAAAGCUAAGACCCUGGCCCAAACUUCAUCAAGAAUCCCAUUCUCCUAACAGAUCACCUGCUUUCAUUUUUCCUAGUUCUUUUCAAGUCCUUGUUUUUGCACUUACAUGGAUUUUACAGAGUGCUGGUCACAGAAACGUAUGAUGUUCCUUUUAAAUCAGACACAAGGGCCCACCAUGGACUUAGCUUUGUAAACCUAUGCGAAGGAAUGAAGUCAGAACCUGACUGAGAAUGUAGGAGCAAUCACAUAUGUUUGUUCCUCCAGUGCCAGGAGAAACUAACAGAUUUAAUAAGUAAUCCCUAAACCAUUUCUUUAAUUUAGAGGUGUUUUGUAUCUAGCAAGCCUGUUAAUUCUUCGCCCUUAACCUCCUGUUACUCUUCCCCCAUUUUUGUAAGCAAAAAGAAAAGUAGCGUUCACUGUUUACUUUGUCUAAAUCAUUAGCGAUGAUUCUUAGAUCACUGUAUCAUGAGAUCUCAAGAGAGUACAAAUUUGAGUAAGACUAUGAAAUCUACUGAAUGAGAAAGGAAAAGCAGGGAAGCGCAUAUUUUUUUAUAGCUUUGAAAGUAGUAGGUUUAAAUUAGAAUAAAUAAUAGCAAGGAAACUAAGGGCCUUAGAUAAUUAAAUGAAAGACAUGUAGGUAUAGCAGGGUAACCCACACAUAACGGGUUCUUCAUUUUUGCUUCACCAUGUAGAGUGAAAGUUCAUAUAUAUGGUCCUUUAACUUUCCUUUGAUAAUGAAGAUAUAACAUACAUAUGAUCUUUAAUUUUGGAUGGACUCAUUCCUGAAAACCAGUGGCUCUUCAUCCAUUAGAUUAAAUUUCAUUAACCAGAAUUAUGGGUUUAUAGUACUUAGAAAGUACCGAGUUAAUACAGGUACAUUGUUUAUGUGUUCAUGGGGAAAAUGCAGAAGGAUAUAUUUGCUAAUAUCUCCUAAUGGGAUUUUUGAAAAUCUGCUUUUUUUAAAAAAAAAAAAAAAGACUCCAUAGACUUUACCGGACAUGUGUUAAGUCACUUUUACUAUUGCCUCAACUCCAUGAAGUAUCAUUAGACUGUGUGACUUGAAGCCAGCCUCUGGGUUUCUCUGCCCAACCCUUUUUCUGACUUGCCAUGUGACCAAGGGUAAAUGAAUUAGCUGCUCUACGCUUCAGUUACCCUUCUGGGAAGUAAGGAUAUUAAUAUUUCACAGAGGUGUUUAGGUAUGCUUCAUAUCGGGCACAUGUUUCGAGGUCAUUGGAUGGAAGGUGUCUGCAUGAUGGCAGAGCAGGCUUAUUAUAGGGUCCUGAGCAGGUGUUCACUUUUAAUGAGCUUUGCUCUCUUAUAACAUACAGUGCCCUUUGGUGCCUCAUUCCCUUGCUGACUAUAAUUGAUUGUCCCAAUACUUGUAUUAUUGACCCUUUUAGCUUUUAUUAAAAAAAUUAAACAUUUUCAUCCUAUAUGGUAAGUUGAAGUUCUAAUAAGAGGACUCUAGCAUCUGCUGGGGUGAUGAAAAAUAACUUCAAAAAGAGACAUUAGUUGGAAUGUGCCAUAGAGAUCAGUGAGUUCUUCAAAGCCCUUCCGAAAAAAAGGAGUAAAGAAAAUUUCUGCAUGUAUCUGUCUCUGUGUGUGUGUGUUUUAAGGGAGAAAGUUUUGAGUAAUAUUUGCUUGUGACACAUACUGAUGAUAGCCAGUAACUGAAACCCAGCCAUCGUAGUGUUUUAUACACAGCUGGUUUUUAUUAAUGAUGGAAUAUUUAUGCUUGCUGUAUAAUUCGUGGCUCAUUUCCAUGCGUAUGUCAGAACUUAAAUACCCCCCAAAGCAACAUUAAGAUAACAUUAAAUAUAAAUGUGGCCAAGCUAGAAAGGGUGGAGGGGGAGGGUCCUCUUUAUUCUCUUUGCUGUUGCUUCGGAUCACAAUAACUGCCCCUCAGCUUUAGGCAUUGAUGCUGAUCUGUUUUUUUUCCCCUUUAUAUAUCCCCUAGCAAACUUUACAUUUUGAUCCUUUUGAUAUGGACAAAUGAUCUCCCCCUCCUUCAUAAUGCAGAUGAAACUGAUGUAUGUGUUUUUUAAGAGCAUAUUUUCCCUGCACAUGCUUCUCAUUAUCCCAGAGGCCUGGACUCAAUCAGUAAAGGAGCAGAGAAACCACAUAAUUGAAAGGAGAAUGACGGUGGUGCAUACUUGGAAUAUUUGUGGGAAGGAGAUUGCUGACAUCAGAAAAUGUAGUGGCCUGAGUGUUAACAGCAUUGAAGAGAAAUAGGCUUUCUGUGUUUCUAUGCAUUGAGAAUUAUUUUUAAGGGGAUAAAAAUAUGGGCCAGGUUUGACAUCCUUUUAUGAAGUUGCCCUGGAAACUUUCAUGAAGGUUGUUAUAGAAUGGUUCAAUUAAAACCUUCCCCAUUAGGAAGCUAAUUAGUACAUCACUUACUCAUUUUGGUUGUUUUCAAGGGGCAUGGAUUUGCAUUGAAUUAAUGACAUUCUUUUCUAUGUGAUAGCAAACUAAGAUAAAAAUCACAGAUGGGGAAAAUUAUUUAGAUUACCUAUUUUGAAGAAACCUAAUUUCCUCGUUAUUACAUUUAGGUUUUCCAUUCAGAUUUUUCUCUCACUCUCUAUAUAUACAGUGAUUGCAUUUUAGUUUAGUAAGCUGGUUUUACUUUCUGGAUCAUGGGCUGUAAACCAAAGCUUAUUAAUUUGAGUCUCCCAUAUGAACUGGAGAAAUAUGAUAAAUGACAAUAAACCAUUUUAUUAAGGUAACAUUUGGGUAUUUUUUUUCUCCUACAAUUAGUUUCUCUUUGCUGUGUGAGUGUGUGUAUGUGGGGGGGGGGAAAUUGCUUUUUUUUUUUUUUAAAGCAAACAAAUUUUGGAGCUAAGAAAAUUUUGAUGACCCCCUCCCUCCUUUACCCCUUAGAACUCAAGCUUUCAGUUAGGCUUCCAUUAGGACAAUGUGGUGACUUUUCCCACGUGGUACUUUCUGGAACUAGGCUAAGGGGUUCUUCUUUGGCAGCCUGGAGGAGAAUGGUUGUGAUGGGAACCGGAGUGCAGGAUUUCUAGCACUUUCUACCAGUGUACUCCAUCUUAUUUAGGGGAAUGAAUACUUGCUCCUGAGGGGUCAAGGCCAUUUACAAUAGAAUAAGUGCUCUGUAGCUAAAAAUGUAAUGAGUCUGCUGUGGUCCUCCUUUCCCCAUAACUAGUAGGAGACAGUCAUCCUGUACACAUAUUCUCUGGGGCUAUACCCAUGGCAUGUGCCUGCACUAGUUCUGGAGAGUAAGUGGAGAAGUUGGCUGGGUUUUCCGAUUUGUAGUUUGACUGAUUUCACCCUAGCCCUUCCUGAGAAGAUAGGGUCUAGAUUGAGUUUUGCCGUGGCAACUCAGUCAAGACCAGUUCCUGGAGCUUGCAAGUCAGAGGGAGGAGGAGCCGCUGCCUUUGGGGAGUGACUCAGGCCCUUUGGUAUGAAGAUAUGAAAUGCUGGCUUCUGUCCAUGCACCUGCUGGAUGCCACACCUGCAGUCAGCACCUGAGCCCCACUCAGGCACAAAAACCAGACUGAAGACCAAUGGGGCUCCCUUCAAAAGGGAUACCACAAAACAGGGAGUUCCCAGUUAUGUUAGUGGAGCACCACUAGCUGCAGAGAAGGACAAAUAAGACAACAGAAGUGAAAGAGCUUUUGUCUCCUUAGAAGAAAGGCUGAGAAACUUAAGGUCAAGGGCAGCCCAGGUGCCCAAUUUCUCUCUCUCUUCACAAGGCACCACCAGCAAUAGAGAUGAGAAAUUCUGAAGAACAGCCAAGUGGAGGAACCACGGUUUUGCAGCGUCUGCUACAAGAGCAGCUUCGCUAUGGCAAUCCUAAUGAAAACCGCAACUUGCUUGCCAUACACCAGCAAGCCACAGGGAACGGACCUCCUUUCCCCAGUGGCAGUGGGAACCCAGGCCCUCAGAAUGAUGUGUUGAGCCCCCAAGACCACCACCAACAACUCGUGGCUCAUGCUGCUCGACAAGAACCCCAGGGGCAGGAAAUCCAGUCAGAAAAUAUCAUCAUGGAGAAGCAGCUUUCCCCUCGAAUGCAGAAUAAUGAAGAACUCCCGACCUAUGAAGAAGCCAAGGUCCAGUCCCAGUACUUUCGGGGCCAGCAGCAUGCCAGCGUUGGAGCUGCCUUCUACGUCACCGGAGUGACCAACCAGAAGAUGAGGACUGAGGGCCGCCCAUCAGUUCAGCGACUUAAUCCUGGAAAGAUGCACCAGGAUGAAGGACUCCGAGACCUUAAGCAGGGACACGUUCGCUCCCUGAGUGAACGGCUCAUGCAGAUGUCACUGGCCACCAGUGGAGUUAAGACCCAUCCACCUGUCACCAGCGCUCCCCUCUCCCCACCACAACCCAAUGACCUCUACAAGAAUCCCACAAGUUCCAGUGAAUUCUACAAGGCCCAGGGGCCACCUCCCAGCCAGCAUAGCCUGAAGGGCAUGGAACACCGAGGCCCCCCACCAGAGUAUCCCUUCAAGGGCAUGCCACCCCAAUCUGUAGUGUGCAAGCCCCAAGAGCCAGGGCACUUCUAUAGUGAGCAUCGUCUGAACCAGCCAGGGAGAACAGAGGGGCAACUGAUGAGGUAUCAGCAUCCCCCUGAAUAUGGAGCAGCCAGGCCAGCGCAGGACAUCUCAUUGCCGUUGUCAGCCAGGAACUCUCAGCCUCACAGCCCUACUUCUUCCCUCACGUCUGGGGGUUCCUUGCCCUUGCUGCAGUCUCCACCCUCCACUAGAUUGUCUCCUGCCCAACACCCCUUGGUCCCAAACCAAGGAGACCACUCAGCUCACCUGCCUAGGACGCAGCAGCAUUUCCUUCCUAACCAGGCUCACCAGGGGGAUCAUUACCGUCUCACCCAGCCUGGCCUGAAUCCACAGCAGCCACAGCAGCCGCCGCACCAUCACCACCAUCACCAGCAGCAGCAGCAGCAGCCGCCACCGCCGCAGCAGCAGCAGCCGGGAGAGGCCUAUUCAGCUAUGCCUCGGGCUCAGCAGUCGUCUGCUUCGUAUCAGCCAAUGCCAGCCGACCCUUUUGCCAUUGUUUCUAGAGCCCAGCAGAUGGUUGAGAUUCUCUCAGAUGAGAAUCGAAACUUGCGGCAGGAGCUAGAAGGAUGCUACGAGAAGGUGGCAAGACUGCAGAAGGUGGAGACAGAGAUCCAGCGUGUCUCGGAGGCAUAUGAGAAUCUUGUGAAGUCCUCCUCUAAACGAGAGGCCCUGGAGAAAGCCAUGAGGAACAAGCUUGAGGGCGAGAUUCGGAGGAUGCAUGACUUCAACAGGGAUCUGAGAGAGCGUCUGGAGACUGCCAACAAGCAGCUUGCAGAGAAGGAAUAUGAGGGGUCAGAAGAUACCAGAAAAACCAUCUCUCAGCUCUUUGCAAAAAAUAAGGAGAGUCAGCGGGAGAAGGAGAAACUGGAAGCAGAGCUGGCCACUGCCCGUUCUACCAACGAGGACCAAAGGCGACACAUUGAAAUCCGAGACCAGGCCCUGAGCAACGCCCAGGCCAAGGUGGUAAAGCUGGAGGAAGAGCUGAAAAAGAAGCAAGUGUAUGUAGAUAAAGUGGAAAAGAUGCAGCAGGCUCUUGUACAGCUGCAGGCAGCAUGUGAGAAACGUGAGCAGCUGGAGCACCGUCUCCGGACACGACUGGAGAGAGAACUGGAAUCCCUUCGAAUCCAGCAGCGCCAGGGCAACUCUCAGCCCACCAACGUUUCAGAAUACAAUGCCGCUGCCCUGAUGGAGCUGCUUCGUGAGAAGGAGGAGAGGAUCCUGGCCCUGGAAGCUGAUAUGACUAAGUGGGAGCAGAAGUAUUUGGAGGAGAACGUGAUGAGACAUUUUGCUCUGGAUGCUGCAGCGACUGUAGCUGCCCAGAGGGACACAACAGUCAUCAGCCACUCUCCUAACACCAGCUAUGACACAGCUCUAGAAGCUCGAAUCCAGAAGGAGGAAGAAGAAAUCUUGAUGGCCAAUAAGCGUUGCCUUGACAUGGAGGGCAGGAUCAAGACCCUCCAUGCCCAGAUUAUUGAGAAGGAUGCCAUGAUCAAAGUACUCCAGCAGCGUUCCCGGAAGGAGCCGAGUAAGACAGAGCAGCUGUCAUCCAUGCGGCCAGCAAAGUCUCUGAUGUCCAUUUCCAAUGCUGGAUCAGGCUUGCUCUCCCACUCUUCCACCUUGACCGGCACCCCCAUCAUGGAGGAGAAGCGGGAUGACAAGAGCUGGAAGGGGAGCUUAGGUAUCCUCCUGGGUGGAGACUACCGUGCCGAGUCUGUACCUUCCACGCCUUCGCCUGUGCCGCCUUCCACUCCCCUGCUCUCAGCUCACUCCAAGACUGGCAGCCGGGACUGCAGCACCCAAACGGAACGGGGAACGGAACCCAACAAAACCGCAGCUGUCGCUCCAAUCUCUGUUCCUGCUCCAGUUGCUGCUGCCGCCACUGCUGCUGCCAUCACUGCCGCCACUGCCACCAACACUGCCACCGCUGCCACCAACACCACCACCAUGGUAGCUGCUGCUCCAGUGGCUGUGGCUGCCGCUGCUCCAACUGCUGCCACCCCAUCUCCAGCAACUGCUGCUGCUGCUCUUGCCGCUGCUGUUUCUCCAGCUGCUGCUGCUCCGAUUCCAGCUGCUGCCUCUGCUGUUGCUGCUGCUGUUGUUGCUCCUGCUGCUGCUGCUGUUCAGGUUGCUCCAGCUGCUCCGGCUCCGGUUCUAGCUCCAGCUCCAACUCCGGUUCCGGCUCCAGCAACGGCUCAGGUUUCUGCUCCGGCUCAGACUCAGGCACCAGCUCCGGCUCCGGCUGCGGCUGCUCCUCCAGCUCCAGCUUCAACUCCAGCUUUGGCUCAGGCUGAGGCUCCUGCAAGUCCAGCUCCCGGUUCUGGACCACGUCGUUCGCCUGUACCAAGUUUGAGCUGCAAUCCAGAUAAAACAGAUGGCCCUGUUUUCCACUGCAAUACUCUGGAAAGAAAAGCUCCCAUUCAGAUCCUGGGACAAGAGCCUGAUGCAGAGAUGGUGGAAUAUCUCAUCUAAACGGCCUAAUCCAGAGCUGCAGUGUAUCAGCAAGAAUGUUUUUAAUCAUUUUUCCCUUUUGUUUGUUCUUCUUUUGAGGGUCAGGACAAGGGUUGGGGGGGAAUGUUUUUUUUUAAUGGGACUUUUUAUUGAAACAACAUAGUACUUAGGUAAUACCAUACGAACUCCAGUCUGUUCUGGUACACUUAGAGAGUACCUCGGAAGCCAGAUCAAUCAGAAUGUGCUCUAGAGUCUCUUGUUCGGAUUUCUCCAAAUACUGGGACUGUUUCUAGCUGGGUAGACAUCAAUGUUUUCAAUGUGCUGAAAUUUGUUGAGCAUUUCCAUAUUCCAGAUCAUUCUUUGAUUCGAAGAGCACAGCAUGUUCAGAAGACAGUGUGUAACAUGUAGUUCGGAAGUGGGAAGCCAGAAAGAAUGUGGGUGUGUGCUGUUUUGUAUAGUAACCAUAUAGGCAGCAUCCAGAGAGAGCUCUCGCCUCGGGCUCACGAAAAGGAAUAGCUUUAGGAGCUCCAUAAACUGGAGAAAAGGUAGGGAGUAUUGGGGUAUGGAAGGGUGCUGGAGCUAAUUUUCCCUCCCAAUUUCCCAGCUACCCUGGGCCAGGAGAGUGUGUUUUUCUUUAUUUCAGCGGUGCUUUGGAAGUGGAUUCUUUUGGUUCCCUCAUGGAGGUUCAUACAUUCAUAUAUAUACUCUGGAGUAAUUUAUGCAUUGGGAUAAUUAAUAUAUUGCUUUCAGAUGCUAGGAGAGUAAAUUAGCUGAGUGAUACACAACUUCUUCUCUCUUAGGGAGUUAGACCAUCAGAGGCCUUGAUGGAGAGUUGCAUGAGGUGCUGUAUGCAGACUGGUGUGGUCUGUGUGUAGCCAGGAGCACAGCUUACUUGCCUUUCCCGAGACCAAUCUGCUUAGUGUUUAUUUUUUCUCCAGCACAGAUUCACUGGUUGUGUCACCCGUCUCAAAUUGCCAGUCAUUUGCCAGAUGAGGAAGCAUUUCUGUUGACGGGUUGAAUGCUUUGCAUUUCUGGUGACUACUUUGAAAUAACUCAUGUUGUCUUUCCCAAAUUCUUCAAAAGCAUAGUUGACUAUCACCUCCAAGGGAAGAGCAUCAGAAGCCCAAAGUACUAUGCUGCGGUCAGGGGAGGGGGGCUGCAGCAGUAUCCUCAGCUACCUCUUCUCACUGCCAGUGACUCCAUCUGGGAAUACCUUUGGAGAGCAGCAGGAAAUGCGCAUGUGGGCAGGGACCAAGGAGGCCAGGGCCCCAAGCCUUAGGGCUGCCUCUAGGGACACAGAAGGGCUGCCUGUUGCCACAGGUCUCUGCCCUGUGUCACCUCUCUGCCCUUCCUUAAGGUGACAAAUCCACAGAUAAUGUCAUUAAGAUAAGUUUUCAGGGGUAUGGGGGGGUGAGGGGAGUUGGGGGGGUGUUAGGUGAGGGUGGGGGGUAGAGGUUUGGGGAUGUGUUAGUUAGAAACCAGAUUAAUAGGAUCUUAGGCCUGAUAUAUGACGUUGUGAGGCAUAGUGGCUGGAAGGAACUUUAGCAAUAUAGCCCGACUCCCUCAUUUUAGUAAUGAGGAAUCUGAGACCCAGAGAGGUUGAAUGACUUUUUCCAGAUCACACAGCACAGCGUUCCGCUCUGCCAGUUACCAUGCUUAUUUUGGGAAACCCUUAUAUACAAAAAGCCCUAUGUUAAGAAAAGACAGCGACAUGGCCCAGGGCACAUGCAUUUUGGAAAAUGCCCCUGGCUUGCAUAGUUUGUCCAGGGUUUUGAAUUCCUAUCUGCCUCUCCUGCAGUGCCUUUUGCAAGGUUUUCCCUUUCCUGAUCCUUAUUUCAACACUGAGUCACAUGAACCAUCCCCCUAAGAAAUCAGUCUUACUUCUUCUCUUGCUAUGGGAUUGGCUGUCCUGGAUCAUCUUACACAGUUCCUCUGUGAGUAUAGGAAUGGCAUAUGUAACAGUAUUUUAAUGUUGUUCCUAAAAAAGAAUUAUUUUGUAUGUGGUAGGGGAGAGACAGGAGGGAGGGUGAUAGGAUUUUUCAGCCAGCCCUGACAUUUCUGCUAAUGAAGUGAUCAUCCUACACAUUAGUCCUCAGUCAUCAAGUGAAUAUCAAAUAGAAAUUAAAAGUACAUACAGAUGUGAUAAAUUCAUUUGAGUAAUAAAAAAAAGUUUAAAAGUACAUUGGUGUUAAUACUCAUACUACCCUUCACUCAUAGGGAAAGAAACGCUCAAAUAAUAGAAGCAACAAGUAGCAAAUCCAGGACUGCUACUUUCUAUCCAAAUAAAUUUUUAAAAAUAAACUAAAACCUUUCAUCGACUCCUUUCAUGGUUAUAACACACAGCCGUAAUUUUUGCUAGCUCUAGGAGGCAUCAUUUUAAUCACAAUCUGUAAGGUGACAAAUGUCAUACAUUCCACACCGUGUGGCAGCCAUCUCUUUAGACUCAUAUUUUGGGAAAAGGAAGAAGUUCUUGGUCAAGUACUAUUUUGAACUUUCUACAGCUUCUCUUUCCCUUCACAUCAGAGGGAGUCCUUUUAGGCUCAAUUUUUGAUCCCAGGUAAUUUGCUAAAAUAAUAUGGUACAUCUCAGAGAUGGAAGAAGUCCAUGUCAGUGUAUUAUGUUUACGAGGACGACAGAUUCAGCCUUUUCAGAAAAUCUCUAAUAGAUGUCAUUUAAAAAAUUCAGGUUUAUGGGGGAAAUCUUGAGUUAGCCACCUUUUCAUGAUUGUGUGGAUGUAACAUUUGGGGGAAUCUUUCUGGACUCCCACCUAUCUAUGCAUUUUACUGGCACCUCAGGACAGGAGGGUGAACUUGUCUUAACUCGUACUGCCUGGUGGUCUCUGGGGACCUUCUAAGUCAGUUGAACACCAUUGUCCCAUGUACAGAAAACCUUCAUUAGAACAAACUUUACUUGAUAUAAAAUUCCUAUUAACAAUUUUUUAUUAAAUAAAACUAGCUUGAGCUUUCUUUUAAGGUCAUGUAUCUUGAUUGUUGUUUUAAUGAAGGAUUUGUUUUCAAUGCUGCUUUUGAGCUUCAGGAUGACAGGAUAGUAGGAACCUGAAAUACUGCCGUCAUCUGCCAUAGGAAACACACCAAGAGACCUGUCAUGCUCUCUUUUUCUUGUUACACAGUUGAGUGGAGACAGCAGUUGGAAAAUGAACAGACUGAUUGUGCAGACUACUUUUUAUGAAGAGCCUAAUCACUCAUAAUGCGGCAGCUUAAAGUGUAUACGUAUGCACUAACUUUUAUAAAUUAUAUUCUCAUGUCUGUUAGCCAUACAAUCUCCUGUUAUCUCUAUUGCUCAUUCACAUAUGGAAUGUGUUACUUAAAAUGUGUGCAUUCUUACUGAACAUGUUUUCAAAGGAAGACAUCAGCUACGGGCUAAUUGCCACCAAUGUCAGCCCGCCAUGAUCCUUAGAAAUCUAUCUUCCAUGUACCAUCCAUCAUCAGUUGGACAAGUGUUGGGAGUUUGUUUAUCUUUUUCUGGUAGCAACGAUGGUUUACAUGGAGCCAUCAAACCUCCUUCUGGCCUCCCUUGUGAUUGAUGGCAUGUUUGUAAAAUGGAUAGCUGGGGUUGGUAGAAGGCUAGGCAGGAAUCACCUUUGGGUUAAAGUGUAUGUGGCCCCAUAAUGAUUGAGACCCCCCCAUUCUGUAAUCAACUGAGCUAGUUCCAAUAAAGUUAAGCAGGUUUGAAUCCACUUUGUGCCUAUCUUUUCACUGACAAUAAAGUUAGCUAUUUUAAAAUGCA